CUAGGGGCAGAUUUGCUGCAGGGGAGGUGAACGCCGAGUUUGGAUCCAUCGUGGGGCGCCCGGGCCGUGGAUCUCCUGGUAGGGAGAGGUGAAGAGAGCGCAGACGUUCCGGCGCCACCCCACGGACCCGCCAGCUUCUGCAAACUUCUUGCCCAGUCUGAGCGCCCUCUGGGCCCAGCGCUCGGAGACGGCCCUUGGUGUCGGUACUGCGCAAGGGAAGCGGCCCCUCCCGGCUCCGGAGCCGCCAGCCGGCAGCCACGUGCCUCUGCCAGCUGCUCCCCUCCCCGGGAUCCCCAGAAGCCUGCAUGGCCUCACCCACCUCCACCAACCCAGCACAUGCCCACUUUGAGAGCUUCCUGCAGGCCCAGCUGUGCCAGGAUGUGCUGAACAGCUUCCAGGGGCUAUGCAAGGCCCUGGAGCUGGAUCCCGGUGGGGGGCUGUCCCAGUACCAUAAGAUCAAGACCCAGCUCAACUACUGGAGUGCCAAGUCGCUGUGGGCCAAGCUGGACAAGAGAGCAGGGCACCCUGUCUACCAGCAGGGCCGGGCCUGCACCAGCACCAAGUGCCUGGUGGUGGGCGCUGGACCUUGUGGGCUGCGAGCUGCUGUGGAGCUGGCGCUGCUGGGGGCGCAUGUGGUGCUUGUGGAAAAGCGCACCAAGUUCUCUCGCCACAACGUGCUUCACCUCUGGCCCUUCACCAUCCAUGACCUUCGGGCACUCGGCGCCAAGAAGUUCUACGGGCGCUUCUGCACAGGCACCCUGGACCACAUCAGCAUCCGGCAGCUUCAGCUGCUUUUGUUGAAAGUGGCAUUACUGCUGGGGGUGGAAAUUCACUGGGGUGUCACUUUCACUGGCCUCCAGCCCCCUCCCAAAAAGGGGAGUGGCUGGCGUGCCCAGCUGCAGCCCAACCCCUCAGCCCAACUGGCCAACUAUGAAUUUGAUGUCCUCAUCUCUGCUGCUGGAGGUAAAUUCGUCCCUGAAGGCUUCACAGUGCGAGAAAUGCGCGGCAAACUGGCCAUUGGCAUCACGGCCAACUUUGUGAACGGGCGCACCGCAGAGGAGACACAGGUGCCUGAGAUCAGCGGCGUGGCCAGGAUCUAUAACCAGAGCUUCUUCCAGAGCCUGCUCAAAGCCACAGGCAUUGAUCUGGAGAACAUUGUGUACUACAAGGACGACACCCACUACUUUGUGAUGACAGCCAAGAAGCAGUGCCUGUUGCGGCUGGGGGUGUUACGUCAGGACUGGCCGGACACCGACCGGCUGCUGGGCCGUGCCAACGUGGUGCCUGAGGCUCUGCAGCGCUUUGCCCGGGCAGCCGCUGACUUCGCCACCCAUGGCAAGCUCGGGAAGCUGGAGUUUGCCCAGGACGCCCACGGGCAGCCUGACAUCUCUGCCUUUGACUUCACAAGCAUGAUGCGGGCAGAGAGCUCUGCUCGAGUGCAGGAGAAGCAUGGCGCCCGCCUGCUGCUGGGGCUGGUGGGGGACUGCCUAGUGGAGCCCUUCUGGCCCCUGGGCACUGGAGUGGCCCGGGGCUUCUUGGCAGCCUUUGAUGCAGCCUGGAUGGUGAAGCGGUGGGCAGAGGGCGCUGAGCCCCUAGAGGUGUUGGCAGAGCGUGAGAGCCUGUACCAGCUCCUGUCCCAGACAUCCCCGGAAAACAUGCACCGCAACGUGGCCCAGUAUGGGCUGGACCCAGCCACCCGCUACCCCAACCUGAACCUCCGGGCUGUGACCCCCAGUCAGGUACAGGACCUGUAUGACGUGGUGGCCAAGGAGCCUGUGCGGAGGAAGAAUGACAAGACAGAUGCAGGGAAGCUGACCACUGAGUCGGCGGGCACCCAGGAGGAGCUGCUACGCUGGUGCCAGGAGCAGACAGCUGGGUACCCUGGUGUCCAUGUCACCGACCUGUCUUCCUCCUGGGCUGACGGGCUAGCUCUCUGUGCCCUGGUGCACAGGCUGCGGCCUGGCCUACUGGAACCCUCAGAGCUGCAGGGGCUGGGGGCUCUGGAAGUGACUGCUUGGGCACUGAGGAUGGCAGAGCAUGAGCUGGGCAUCACACCGGUGUUGUCCGCACAGGCAGUGGUGGCAGGAAGCGACCCACUGGGCCUCAUCGCCUACCUCAGCCACUUCCACAGUGCCUUCAAGAGCACACUCCACAACCCAGGCCCUGUCAGCAAAGGCUCUCCAGGGACCUCCAGUGCUAUACUAUUCCUUGGCAAAAUGCAGAGGACCCUGCAACGGACGCGGGCCCAGGAAAAUGGGGAGGAUGUUGGUGGCAAGAAGCGUCGCCUGGAGGCAGAGGCUGAGACCCCAAGUACUGAGGAGCCACCUGUUCCAGAGCCUGGUGUACCCCUGACACCUGCAUCCCAACACCAGGAGGCCGCUGCUGGGGACCUGUGUGCACUUUGUGGGGAACACCUCUAUAUCCUGGAACGCCUCUGUGUUGACGGCCGUUUCUUCCAUCGGAGCUGCUUCCGCUGCCAUGCGUGUGAGGCCACCUUGUGGCUGGGUGACUACGGGCAGCACCCAGGGGAUGGACAUUUCUACUGCCUCCAGCACCUGCCCCAGCCAGGCCACAAAGAGGAUGGCAGUGACAGAGGCCCUGAGAGUCAGGAUCUCCCCACACCGGAUGAGAAUAGCAAGCCAUCAGGCCCGACUCCCCUGGCCGCCCAGGAGGGGGCCAGUCCUGUCCCAAGGCCCAGCCAGCCCGCCCGCCGGCUGAUCCGCCUGUCCAGCCCAGAACGCCAGCGGCUGUCCUCCCUCAACCUGACCCCUGACCCAGAAAUGGCGCCUCCACCCAAGCCCCCCCGCAGCUGCUCUGCCUUGGCCCGCCAGGCCCUGGAGGGCAGCUUUAUGGGCUGGGGAGUGCCAGUCGAGAGCCCUCAAGUUCUUGUGGUGACAGAGAAAGAGGAAGAGAGUCCCUCCUCCAGUGAAGAGGAAGAGGAAGAAAAAGAUGUGGCUUUGGAGCCAGACUUGGAACAGACUCUGCUGACCUUUGCCGAGAAGUCAGGCACCAUGCACAAGUACCCAACAUGGCGUCGGACUCUGCUUCGCCGUGCUAGGGAAGAGGAGAUGAAGAGGUUCUCCAAGGCCCAGGCCAUCCAGCGGCGACUAAAUGAGAUCGAGGUUCAUCUGAGGGACCUGGAGACCCUGGGCAUGAAGCUGGAGCAGGCCUUGAGGAGCCAGAGCAGUUCCCCAGAACAGCAAAAGGCACUCUGGCUAGAUCAGCUGCUACAGCUCGUUCAGAAGAAGAACAGCCUGCUGGCUGAGGAGGCUGAGCUCAUGAUCACGGUGCAAGAGCUGAACCUGGAGGAGAAACAGUGGCAGCUGGACCAGGAGCUACGAGGCUACAUGAACAGGGAAGAAGACCUAAAGACAGCUGCCGAUCGGCAGGCUGAGGACCAGGUCCUGAGGAAGCUGGUGGACGUGGUGAACCAGCGGGAUGCCCUCAUCCGCUUCCAGGAGGAGCGCAGGCUCCGCGAGCUGGCCUCGGGGCCUGGGGACCAGGGCUAGAACAGGGUGGGCUGCCUGCCUUCUUCCCUACAAAGAAGACCACCUCCCCCCAGGACACUGCCACCCUGCUCAUCUGGGCCACCUGGGAGAGGGCCUCACUGUUUGUAAUAAAAAUGUUUCUGCUGCGAA